AGAGAAAAUCCGAAAAAGCCCCUAAAAUGUUCCAGAAGCGUUUUCGUCUCCACCUCCUCCCUCUGUCGAAGAAGCAUCGUCAGUUUCCUCUUCCACGUAACGUGGUUACCGUCUGUGACGGAGUUCAACAGCCCUCAGACGCCACCAUAGCCAAUCUGGUCCUCGAAUCAGACCCACUCACUCUCUCCGAGGCCCUAUUCAAGCCCACAAUCCAAUGGGCGCCCGAGCUCGUGAACAAGGUCCUGAAGCGCCUCUGGAACCACGGGCCCAAGGCCCUUCAAUUCUUCAAACACCUGGACCGCCACCCUGCCUACAUCCACUGCGCCUCGUCGUUCGACCACGCCAUCGACAUUGCGGCCCGCAUGCACGACUACAACGCCGCAUGGGCCUUAGUAGGCCGCAUGCGAUCUCUCCGCCGCGGCCCAACUCCCCGAACCUUCGCCAUCCUCGCCGAACGCUACGCCGCUAACGGAAAACCCCACCGCGCCGUCAGAACCUUCCUUUCCAUGCACGAGCACGGUUGCCGCCAGGACCUGAACUUAUUCAACACCGUCCUCGACAUCCUCUGCAAAUCGAAGCGCGUGGAAAUGGCGCACACCUUGCUCAAAACGUUCCGAUCCAGAUUCAAACUCGAUUGCGUGAGCUACAACAUAAUCGCAAACGGUUAUUGCUUAAUUAAACGCACGCCGAUGGCGUUGCAGGUUCUGAAGGAUAUGGUGCAGCGAGGGAUAAACCCUACGAUGGUCACCUACAACACAUUGCUGAAAGGGUAUUUUCGGAGUAAUCAGAUUAAGGAGGCUUGGGAGUUUUACUUGGAGAUGAAGAAGAGGAAGUGCGAGAUUGAUGUUGUGACUUACACUACUGUGAUUCACGGGUUUGGGGUGGCGGGUGAGGUCAAGAAAUCUCGUAGGGUUUUUGAUGCGAUGGUGAAGGAGGGUGUGGAUCCUAGUGUCGCCACGUGUAAUGCGUUGAUUCAGGUUUUGUGUAAGAAGGAUAGCGUGGAGAAUGCGGUGGUGGUUUUUGAGGAGAUUGUGAGGAAGGGGUUGUGUGUGCCGAAUGUGGUUACUUACAACAUUGUUAUCAGAGGUUAUUGUCAUGUUGGGGACAUGGAGAGGGCAUUAGGGUUUAUGAGUAGAAUGGGGGAACAUGGUUUGAGGUGUUCUGUUCAGACUUAUAAUGUUGUGAUUAGGUACUUUUGUGAUGCUGGGGAGAUUGAGAAGGGUUUGGAGAUGUUUGAGAAGAUGAGGGACGAGCCUUGCUUGCCCAAUUUGGAUACUUACAAUGUUCUGAUCAGUGCCAUGUUUUUGAGGAAGAAAUCGGAGGAUUUGGUGGUGGCUGGGAAAUUGUUGAUGGAGAUGGUUGAUAGAGGGUUCUUGCCGCGGAAGUUUACUUUCAAUAGGGUGUUGAAUGGACUUGUUAUUACUGGGAAUCAGGAUUUUGCUAAGGAGAUUCUGAGAAUGCAGAGCAGGUGUGGCCGUAUUGUUCGGCGUUUGAAAUUGUGAGAUUUUCAAUAGUUGGGUUUGGAACACAACCCACAUGUUUUUUCAGCAGUUGAAAGUGCAUGGUGCAUGGUAUUGGAGAGCAUGUUCCUCAUUCUGUAAUUUGGACGAAGUUUCUGUGAUCUAGUGUGGGGAACUCACUGGUGGAUGAUGAACCCACCAUUGCUGAAAAUCUUGCUUUCAGGGUCUUCUCAUCCAGCUUUGCUGCAUUGGGUUGAUGCUACAAGAUUGGCUUGACAUUUUCUGGAUGAAGAGGUAAGGAUGAAUUCUGAGUUUGGUCACUCUAGCAUGUUGAAAAAGAUGAGCAUAUGGGUCUUGUUGACUCCGACCCGGCCAAAUUUAACGGAAUAGGUCGGCCGGUUCGGCCGGCUUUCAACCUGACUCUGGGAAACUUGUUUAUGCAUGAACAAUGCUUAACAGGGGCCAAUUUUGUUGCCCGUUUUGGUUCCUUCAAGCAUACACAGAAUUCACCAAUUGCUUUUCAUAAGAGUUCUGCAGAUGAUCCAGUUGCACCAUCCUUCAGAAUAUAGGGAUGAUGUUGGGCAAGAUAAUGAUGGAGCUCUUUAAUCAACGAUUCAUCUUCCUUGCCUCUGAUGUAAAUUCAACUAUUUUUGAAUUAAGAGUUCUUUGUAAUCUCUCUGUAUUAUUUGUUAGGAAGAAGUAAUUGUGUGGAAAUCAAAUUGUGGUA